AUGAAUCUUCUAGAAUCCUUUGAAGAUAUCGAGCUAAUUUCAAUCUACCGAUCCUAUGUAAAUCAGAAUGUGAUAUCAAUCGAUGUGAAAUCAAAAGAUUUUUCGAGUGCGAGGCAAAUCAAGUUCUCCCAGAAGAGCUCUUCAAGAAUCGAUGUUCAGUGUGAAAAUCUAACUUCGAAUCGUAUUGUUUGGAAAAUCGAGGAAACUGGGAAGUUACUCGAUGUUUUUCUCAAGUAUUUUGAUUAUUUCAUGGGGAAUCCAGCAAAAAUCAAAGAAUUUUCGAUUGUUGAGAAUUGCUUUGAUUUUAUUGCUAAUGUUCGAAUCAUUUUCAACGAGGAAUUACCGAUUUAUAAACAUCGGAGCAUUAAACAUCUGGAGAAUUUGGAGAACCUCAAAUUGACUUAUGAUCUAUCAGAUCUUGGGGGGUUCUGCGAUUUCCAACAAAUCUGUGAGAUCAAAAAGAGUGUGAUUCUUCGAAUUUCGAAAUUCAGUGUCAAUCAAAUUUUUCAAAUCAAAGCUAAACAUAUCGAAAUAUCUGGACUGAAAUGGGCAAAUCCGGAAAUCAAUGUAUUUUUGAAACGAUGUAUUCAAGGAGAAUUUGAGGAAACUGUGGGAAAUUUGAGAUUGGAUUUUGAAUCGAUGUUGGAUGAGAAAAAGGUUUUGGAAGGUGUGAAGAUUUUUGAAAAAAGAAAGUAUGGUUUUUUUUUAUUUUUAUAUUUUUGAUAAUAUUUUAGAAGACAAAUUUUCAGCAAUUAUUAUAUUUUUGAAUAUGCCAACAACAAAUCUCGUCUUUCUGUCACAUUUUAUAAAAAAUCAAAUUCUUUGGUUGUUGAAACACGUGUAUGA